AUGGUCUCUAUAAAUUCCCUGAAUACCCGCUCACCGGCCAUCCUAGUUGGCCUCGAGGGUAUCUUCAUGCAUCCACAAGUGGAAUAAAUUAGUAGGACCGGGGCGCGCGUUUUCCUGGUAGCCAACAUAUCUAAGGAAGAUUAUGCGGCACUUCAACACAGGUGGAACGAAGAGUUCUGGUCAAUAUUUCACGGUGUUUUCACCUCGUCCAGCCUAGGCGUUCGAAAGCCCAGUGUACGAUUCUUUCGCCACGUCCUGCGAGCCACAAGAUCAGUGCCCCAUAAAACCUUCUUGGUGGAUGACAGACCCGAAAAUGUGCUUGCAGCGCUCUCCGUUGGAAUGAGAGGAACGUUCGACACGUCAGAGCUCUAUUGGACAAUCACGAACUUCGUGGGCGAUCCUGUAGAGCCUGGUGAAGCUCAGAGCCCCGCCUCGACUCUGGAACUUCUUCAGUGGCGAACCAAAUACACAAGUGACACCUAUCCCGAAGACUUAGACACGACGUCUCUCGGUCUGCUAACGAUGCCUCCCGACCCUGCCAUUGUCCACUCCAUUCUAGACGAAAUGCACGAGUACAUCGACGAAGACGGUAACGUGCAGGCAUACUUCGACAAAUCAAGACCACGAGUCGACGCGGUUAUAGCCCUCAACGUUUUGACACUAUUCCAUAAAUAUGGGCGCGGCCACGAGCUCCCUGAUACAAUGGAGUGGAUAUACAACAUCCUGAUUAACAGGGCAUACGUCAAUGGGACGCGAUACUAUCCCAAUGCAGAGUGGUUCCUCUACUAUCUAACGCGUCUUCUUCACAUGUCCAGUGAUCCUAGCCUCAAGGAGAGGAUCGAACCUCCUCUCCGAAAGCGUGUAGCUGAGAGGAUUGGGGUCGCCGGUGAUGCAUACUGCCUUGGAAUGCGUGUAUUGACAUGCAAUAAACUCGGGAUCGCUAACUAUCCCGAUCGCCAGAAGCUUGGCAGUAUCCAGCAGCAAGACGGUGGCUGGGAGGCCUCCUGCAUGUAUUUAUUUCCCGGAGCUGAACGAAAGGUUGGAAAUAGAGGAGCCACUACAGCAUUUGCCGUGAAGGCACUUGAGAAUUGGCAUGUACAUGGACAGUCCAUUUAA